CGGCUAUGAAAUAUUGAGGGUAAUCAGCUGCAGGCUUCGGCUGAUAAGGAGUAAUUUGACAGUUUAUCCAGCUGAAAAGCCAUGGGACUCGUUCAUUUUCACUGUUCCCAUAGGCCUGAUUUCAGCCCAGAUUGCUUUGUUUGUUGAUGGAAAUGUGAAGCAAGAGCCACAAUUCAAAGAGAAAGCAGUCGGGUAUAGUUUUGAAUAUAUAGUAGCCCCCCUCUCUGGACCAUAAAAUAUGAACUAAACACCUGACAUGCUUCACUGUAGCAGUGCUUGUGUGUGUGUGUGUGUGUGUGUGUGUCACACCACAUUACACAAAUACCCUGUAAACACUUCAUGUGAGAGACACAGCUGUGUCCUAACUGUGCCUGUAUGUGCUCUCUGUACACUGACAGGCAGCUACACUGGUACAGUCACUAAGUGCAUGUGACUGGGUCACCAUGACAACAGCACUCCCUGGAGCAUGCUGAGAACAGUGACGUCACUGGCCUUUGCAUGUCUAUGUGUGUGUGUGUGUGUGUGUGUGUGUGUGUGCAUGUUCUGUUCCUGUGUGUGUGUGUGUGGGUGUGUGUGUGUACACAUGUGUGUACAGUAUGUGGCAUUAACUGUGGGUCCUUCAGAAUGUACUGGAGUAUACUGUGUGAGGGAAAGAGACACAGGAAAUUAAAAUAGAAUAGGAAGAAAGGAAAAAAAAGAGUAAGAUAAAGGAGGAGCCAAAGACUGACAAAGGAAAAUUAAAAGACAUAUUAAAUGCAGAGUCUGAUAAUGUAGAUCCGAUGUUCACUGCGGCAUGUUGUUUCUCCCACAUUUGUCUUAUUACAACUCCCUCGACAUUGAUUAUAUGUUUUUUGUGCAUGUGUGUGUGUGUGUGUGUGUGUGUGUGUUUUUGUGUGUGUGUGUGUGUGUGUGUGUGUGUGUCACUCAAUGGUCAAUUCAAUCUCCUACACAACAUAAAGAUAGCAUUGAUUACUGUUAUUAUCCAUGCAGCCAUCAAAAAACAAUAAACUGACAAACAAACUCACAUGAACAAAGACAAAGGUUUACAAAGGUUUAUGCCUCACACAAUAAACAAAACAUUUACACAUAUACAUGCACAGAUAUCUUACACACUCAAAUACGCUUACAGAGGAAACACACACACAAAUGUUGUCCAUUAUGUUUGGAAUUGAGGGAAAGGUCAUUUUGAAGUGCUACUGUUUUUGUCUUAUCAGGAGACAAACUCCCACACUUCCCUUUGGUUAAAGCAACACUCAUUAUUCUAUUGUAUUCAUGCUGGGCACCAGCAAGUAAUGUAAAACAGAGCCCUCUCUCUGAAUUCAUUAGCGUUAAAAAUUAUAUUCACAAUGACUUAGUUUAUCCUUCUGCAUCUCUCAGAAUGCAAUAGAGUAAUUCAAAUGAAGGUAUAUUAAAUGUGUGAUCAUAAAAAAUACACUGCACAUGAACAUGGUUGUUGGUUUGCCAUAUAUUGAUAUAAUUAACUGUAUUUUAUCAUAUUGUGUUAUUUCUAAUAGUCACAAGUUACUAGAAUUGAAAAGCAGGGACUAACAGCUAAUAACUUUUUUCGGCCUGAAUCAGAUGCUCAAGCCAACAACAUUUUACUUGGUAGUCACAAAUGGAUAAUGAGCUACCCUUCACCCCAACAUGGGAAGGCCUAAAUGUUUUCUUUAAGUGCAAUUUGAAAGACUAACAUUACUAGACAUAUAUGUUAGUGGUGGCUAGCUAGCUAACAUUAUGUGAGUAAACUUGCUGAUAGAAAGUUGGGCUCAUAAAGCUCUGACUAAAUGAGUGUAUGAAACAACUGUCUGGAGUUGAAACUCAAAGGGGAUUUGCACUAAAUAUCAAGAGUGAAAACAGCUGCAACACGCAUCAGCAGUGACACUUUUUUCACCUGCUUUUUAUUGGUGAUAUCAGAAGUCCUUCCUGAGUCUGAAGGUCGGAAAAGAUGUUUCAUCCUUUGUCUCAUGUCUGGGGCAUAAACCAUGUAGAAAUUGAUGCUCUGUAAUUAUCUCUCACUUUUCUUUAGUAAUAUUUAAUUAAAAGUUGCAUAAAAUGUGUGAUCAUCACUAAAGAUGCAUUUGUUAGUUAUUUAUUUGUAAAUGCGAGGGAGCUGAUAUAUGAUAUAUGACAGGGGGCCGCUGUCACCGCAUCUGCACAGGUUCCAGAUUUUUUGCUUAUGUCUCUGUGUGUACUGUGAACGGUAUUGCUCGUAUCUUAGCAUAUUUCAGCUCAUUGUUUUCGUUUUCAAGCGAGCAAACUUCAUUCUCAUCAACCUCAUUUGAAAGAAGCACAAACCUAUUUUCAGUGAUUUAAAAAAGACCUGUAAACCCAUUGUAUGUCAAAUAGCUAUGAAUAUAGUAGAGUAUUGCACACCUUCAAGGGAUAGUUCAGUGAUUUUGAAGUGAGGUUGUAUGAGGUACUUAUGUAUAGUUAAUAUGUUACCUGAUGGAGAUUGUGAUCAGCGCUGUCAUUUUACGGAUUUUGCGGGAGAAGUGGAUGUAGCGAAAGUCAGAGCCCAAGGGUUGCAGAUGGGACCACCGAAAAACAUAUUUUUCUGCACUUUUUUAAAUGCUUACCUAAAAAGCCGGAGCUCCGCGGCCAACUGCUAGAGCCAACAUGUGUUGUGACCGGUCUUGGCAGGCUUAACCUUGGAGACGUGGAAGGUAGGAUGCACUUUCAUCGUCAUGGGGAGGUGUAUUUGGACCGCUGCAGGGUUGACAAUCUUUGAGAUGGGUUUAAGGGCCAAUAAGCCUGGGCGCCAGCUUGUGGGACUCUGGCCGGAGGGGAAUGUCCUGAGUGGACAGCCCAUACAAUAGUGAGGUGCUGGAGUGCGACGUCUGUCCACUACCCUCUUAUAGCGGCCUGACGCCUGGAGUAGUGCAGCCCGGGCCUUCUUCCAGGUAAGGUGGCACCGGCGCACUGCUUGAGCAGAUGGCACAGCAACCUCACCCGCUUGUUCCGGGAACAGCGGUUCACUGGAAAGGAGAAAGCCCUGUAGCAGAAACAGGCAGAGAGUUGUGAGCAUAUUCAAUCCACUUCAACUGACGUCAUAGUUCCUCUCUGCUGGAGAAAACUUUCUGGAAAAGAAAGCACGUGGAUGAACUCUGUUGUCUUAAGGGGAGCGCUGAGAGUGGACUGCACCCACCACCACUCCCAAAGCGUCGACCUCGACAAUGAACUGGAGCUUGGGAUCUGGCAAGGUGAGGACGGGUUUAGAAGCAAACCGUGUUUUAGGGACUUGAAGGCUUCGUCCGCUUGAGGGGUCCACAGAAGUUAUGGUGUGAAGAGGGGCAGCCACAGAGUUAUAGUUCAUGACAAAAUGUCUGUAAAAGUUCACAAACCCCCAAAUUCUUUGUAACUGCUUGCGAUCAGAGGGAACAGGCCAAUCUGCACUAACCUAGGCAGGAUCCAUCUCAAUGUUUCCUGGUGAGACAAUGAAUCCGAGGAAGGACACUCUUUGCUGGUGAAAUUCACACUUCUUCGCUUUGACAUAUAAAUGAUUCUCCAACAGCUGGUGGAAAACAUGCCGAAUGUGCUGAGCAUGCUCCUUCUCAUCCUUGGAAAAAAUCUGAAUAUCAUCUAAGUACACAAAAACAAAUCAGCCAGAGUUAGGGGUGCGGAGAGAAAGUGUAUGACGUCAUAGUGUGGCGUCCUAAGGGGAGUGGCUUAUAGGGCCCGGACUCAAGUUUAGUCAUCACUUUUUUAUGUUCUAAUUUUUGUUCAGUUAUGUUAUUAAUGACUGUGCUUCAAGUGUCUCAGGGUUUAAUUAAUAGAGCCUAUAGCUACAUAACAUCUAAAAUAUAAUACUCUGCUGAAAUUAAUAAUUUUUCAUGGAAGUGAUUGAAGGAAAUAAUGACUGUGUUACUAUACUAAUAUUAUCCAUAAUCAUUAUCCAAAACAUCCGUGACAGAAACUAUAUUAUUAGGCCGUCUUCAUCUCAUGCGGCUGUCUGUGAGACGCGCUUGUCAGAUCACUUCUCGUGGCUGCUGCUCUGUCCCUCCUCAUGACUGCAUGUUCAUCUCCACUAAAGAAAAUGAAAUGGGAAAAGACCAUUCCCUGACCAUUCCGCCACGUGUGAAAUACAAAACUCCCUCAUUCAGACUUUGCCAAACGCCUUGUGUGCAUCUUGUAAGGCAGCAGUCAUUCAUUCAUUGAACCUGCCAAGAAGUGCCCAAACUGUCCGCAGUAGAUGACUCUCCCCUCCUUCAUUCGGCACUGCCGCUCCUCUGGAGAAAGAUAUGUGCGUCCAAGCACAGGGGGUGCUGUAGCCUCUGCGAUCCCCGCCAAACCGGAAGGCAGGUCAGACGGUGGCGCUUUGCGUGACGGCCUCCGGUGGAGCUGGUUGUUGAUCUUAAUUGUCAGGGCAACAGGAGAAUCAAAGUCAACCGGUAAAUCCAGUGGUGCCAACUGAUCUUUGAUGUCGUCAGAAAGGCUGUGUCAGACAGGGAGCUCAGUUCACUUCACUGUCAGCCACCAGGGUGCGGAAACGAAUGGCAUGUGCCAACAGACCUCGGGUUGUCUCUCUGCCUGGAGUGUGGUGAUCAAAAAACCCUCCUCAGAGCUCCCGAAAAGUCUUUUACAGAGAGGCAAAUGGAGGAUUGUUUCUUCCACUCAGCUGCAGCUGAGGUGCCCUCCCUAUGAGAUUGUAAAUUAUAAAGGCCACCCAGGAUCGUUCAGUGGGUAAGACAGGGGCUGGAGCUCAAAUGUCAGGGAGAAGAGAGUCAGAAAAGAGCGGCAGGUGGAGGGAUUGCCGUGAUACCGUUUGAUCUUAGGAGCCAGUGGUUCAGGACGAGAAACUGGCUGAGGCUCCGGUGUAGCAGGUUGUGGUUGAGCUGGUGGGGCGGGCUCUGAGGAAGGCUGAGAGGUGAGACUGGCGAGCACCUCUUGUGACUGGGCGGUCAGGUCAUGGAGCUGGUAUGCCAUUGCAGCUUGAAGGGCAUCCUCUCUGCAAUGAAGCUCUUGGACUCCACCGAGCAGAGGAGUCAGCAACUGCUCAUGGUCGUAAAGUCUCUUCCCCUGAGACUGGAGAGCUGCAUGGAGAGGACUAUCCCGCUGAGUCUGUCAUGGCAAGAUUGUACUGUGAUGUUUUUGGGCAGAACAAAGACUCAAACGCAGAGACAACCAGGGGAAAAUAGUCUGUCUGGCUACAUCUAAAGGUCUUCAGGAAAUGGUGAUGUUUGAGGGCAGCCCCCUCCUAAGGUUGUUCGAGUCCUCGCAGUCAUAGAUCCGCCGUCAAGGGAAAAGAUCUCACCAUGGCAACCCCCUACCUCCACUCUAUGCUCAUUUACCCCUCUUCUAGAGGAUGUAACUGCUGACGGAGGGGUAGUGAGACUUGAGCAAGCUUGCCUUUGAAAAAAAAAAAUCACACAAACCAUGUAGUGUAGCUUCUCCAAGGAGGGGGGAGGGUCUACAAUUGAAUCUGGUUUGUUGUUUUAAUUAUUAUUUAUGUUUCUGCUUGGAACAGAUUUGUACUUGUUCAAAAAGUUUAUGUGGGUGUGGACAGAGUGUGCAAGGUGACGAGAACGUGACAGAGGAAGAAAGACAGACAGAAAGAAGGAAAGACAUGGUCCUCCACACCACCCCUUACUCCAGUGCCUGUCUGCACUUCCUGGAUGGCCUGUCAUGGAGCUUGGUGUUCCCCUGCUACUGGCUCCUGGACCGGCUCCUGGCCUCAUGCGUGGCCACCUCGCUGGAGAAGCGCCAACGAUCCCAGGACCCCUGCUCCUUUCUCACCCUGUGUGUCCUGAUCUCUGCACCCCUUUACCUGCUCCUCCUCCUCACCUCCCUGCCUUUUGCCCUUCUUGGCUUCAUCAUCUGGGCUCCCCUGCAGACUGUCCGCCAGCCCUACUUGUACACAUACCUCAGACCAGACAAACACCAGGCUGAGCAGGGCCAGGCAGGUCUAGGUGGCGUAGGUAUUGGGGAAUGGAGGCCACAGGGCAGAAGCUUCUGUUUCUCCAGUGCCAACGUAUGCCUGCUGCCCGAAUCCCUGGCCAGGUUCAACAACCUGUCAGACACUCAUAGGAGAGCCCGUGAGGUUGGGAAAAGGAUACGCAAUGGUGCCAGUCGGCCUCAAAUAAAAAUCUACAUCGACUCACCUACUAAUACUUCAAUCAGUGCGGCAUCCUUCAGUAGCCUUGCCACAGGUUUCCGUCAUACCUCCUCUCUGGAACAGCGUUCAGACCAAACACACACCAUCAACGGCCCAGCUGACACUGAAACUGAACCUUUCACUGAGUGCCCAAUACACCCCUCAGGUGCUGCCGACUGUCCAGUUCACCCUGCUGCAGGAGACCAGGGCUCCACUGGAUGCCCGCUUCACACAGAUGGAGUAGACACCAUGGCAGACUGCCAACUCCACACUGCAGGAGCUAAUAACAACUCAGAGUGUCCCAUUCACCCCUCAGGAGAGAGUCCAGACUGCCCCAUGCAUUCUACAGGGCCUCAGAGCGUACCUGGCCAUCAUGACUGUCCUAUACAUGGAGAAGGGAUCCAGGCAAAAUUCUCCACAGACUGCCCACUUCACACCUCAGGGGUUCAAAUCAGCAUUAGCGCACCAGAACCAGACCCACAGGUGGAGGAGGCAGAAACAGGGAACCAUCAACCUGGGGACCAGGCAGGAGGAGACACGAGCAGCAUGACUGCUUCCAGGGAGUCCCUUGCUCGUUACCAUGGAGUUGACAGCGGAGUAGGGAUGACCUCCAACAAUACUCUCUCUCAUGUUCCGCGCACGUCAGUCUUGAAGCGACCAGGACGAAAACGCCGCCACGGAGAUGAGACAUUUGACCAUGAUAUCUCUGCCUUUUUCCCUGCCAAUUUGGAUUUCCUUGCUCUACAGGAGGUGUUUGACCACGGAUCGACAACUAGACUGCGGCCGCAAUUGCAUCGCUACUUUCCCUAUGUGCUGAGUGAUGUUGGACGGUACGGCUGGAAAGACUGUUGCUCCAGGUUCAAAUUCCUGAACAGUGGGCUGAUGCUGGCGAGCCGCUACCCUAUUCUGGAUGCUCGGUAUGAGUGCUACCCCAAUGGGAGAGGAGAGGAUGCACUGGCAGCCAAGGGGGCGCUGUUUGCCAAGGUUCACGUGGGCACCUCUCAUCAGGAGCAAAGGGUUGUGGGAUACCUCACGUGUACUCACCUCCAUGCCAUAGAAGGUGACGCGUCUGUACGAUGUGAGCAGCUGGACCUGUUGCUCCGGUGGGGUGCAGAGUUUCGCCAGUCCUCAUCCCAACCGCCUGAUGGAGAGAAGGUGCUGGAAGACCUGGUUGCCUUUGAUGUCAUCCUGGGAGACCUCAACUUUGACAACUGCUCCUCGGAGGACAAGCUGGAACAGCAGCAUACACUUUUUACUCAGUACAAGGACCCAUGUCGCCUGGGGCCGGGCGAGGACAAACCGUGGGCUCUGGGUACUCUACUGGAUCCCAGUGGCCUUUAUGAUGACGAGGUCAGCUCACCUGAAAGUUUACAAAAAGUGAUGGAGAACGAGGACGGGAGGAAGGAGUACCUGGUGUUUCCUCCCAGUAAGAGCCAGUGUCCCGCCAGCAGUCAGAAAGGGAGGAAGAUCCCACUGAAGGGCAACGGACGCCGGAUUGACUACAUGCUCUACAGCGAUGAGGGCCUGCAGCAGGACUGGAAACUGGAAAUCGAGGAGUUCAGCUUCGUCACCCAGCUGGCUGGCCUCACCGACCACCUGUCUGUGGCCAUGCGAUUGGCUGUUUCCACCGGGGAAGAGGAGCCUUAGAUUGACCACCUAAGCUUUAAACACUGCCAUGGAGGAACAACAGACGACCAGGAGGAGAGAAAGGGUUAAGAAUUUACAGAUGUGGAGCUCCUUAAAAGAGAAUUAUGUACGUCUGUGAUGCUUGGGAGGAAUGAAUCAGCAGAGAAUUGCUCAGUGGAUGAAUGGAUAUACAGCAUGAACACAAGAGCAGCAACAAAGUUGUUUUGUAUGAGUAGAAAGAUUUUGGAGGAAAAGAGCAGGGAAUUCAGUCUACAGUAGAUAGACAGAGACAUUUUCAUCUUCCUCAGUAAACCACACACAUGUACGCACGCACGCAUGCACACACACACACACACACACACACACACACACACACACACACACACACACACACAUUCUCACACACACACACACACACACACCAAGAUCAACGCUUUGACUGUGGAAUAUCACCUGGCCUUUUCAUUCCUCUCCUUCAACAAUCCCUCUUGGAUUCAGAGAGAUUUAUUUAAAGUGAAUUGUUUCAUGUAGCCAUGUUACACAUACUUCUUUUGUUGGAUCUGUUUUAGCUGUAGUGUGAGUAUGAUUUUUUUUAUGACUACCUUCAGGGACAGUUCGAUCCUCCUUUAGUGACUAUGUAAAAAAGAAGAAGAAAACAUGAUUUAAGUGAUGAAAGUGAAGUGUACAGCAGCUGACUGGCACUGGCACUGACCAUAUAUCCUUGUGUUCUGCUCUCACUCAUUCACCUUACUACUCCCACAUCAUUCCGAAGAAUCUCAACAAGUGUCUUUUUUUUUCAAAAAACAAACAAAACAAAAAAUCUAAAAGUAGUCUUUCUGAAAGCAGAAAAAUAAUAUGAAACGAUAUUUCUAUUGUCACCACAUUAAUUUUAUAGUAAGUUUGAUGCCUGUUUAAUACUAUAGUGUAUGUUUCUAACAAGAGGUAUUGUAUAAUGGAGUGAAACUGAAGAAGAAAGUUGUUUGAUGUAAUGCAACACUUAUAGCAUGUUUUUUCAGCCAUGAUUGGUGAAAGUUCAAAAAGUAAAGGACAUUUUUGGUGUGAACUGAGGAUUUGCUGAUGCAUGGAGGAAACGGUAUAGGUUUACAACGUUAAUAGCGGCUCGAUACACUUGCUUGCUUGAGUUUGAAUGCCUGACGAGUCAAGAAGCAUCUUGCACAUGAAACACGCUAUGUAUGCCAGAGUGGCAUUUGUGCAUGUUUGCACAGAAACAUACUGAGGAUUUAUUUAAAGCAGAAAGCACAGCCAGUUGCUCUAGCCAUAUUGUGAUGGCAACUACAAAACCUCAUCCUUCAGAAACCUGCUGCACACACUCUAUAAAAUGUGCCAAGUAUAUGUAUACAUUUUAUGACUGUCCCAAAACUCAACACUAGCCCACCAACUAAUUUUCAGCGCUUUUCUAGUCUUAUCGACAAUUCAAAGCUCUUAACAGAGACAAGUCACAUUCAAACACAUUCAUACAGUGCUACGCAUUUUCUGUCACAUUUAUAUACAGUCAGAAGAGGUAAUUUUAGGGUAAAGUGCCCAAGGACACUUCAACAUGUGGACUGGGGGAAGUGGGGUUCAAACCGCUGACCUUCUGGUUUAUGGACGACUGUCUUUACCUCCUGAGCCACAGCCACACACAAGUCACAACCUUGGGAGUAAUUAAAUUCAUAAUCAUGCUACUGUAGCAUAACAUUAGCAUGAGCAUUCAACUCCCAGAGAUGCAUUGGCUCCGGUGCUCCCGGUCAACAUUAUUGAAUGUGGAAGCAGGCCUAAACCAGAAUUCUGAAUAAAUCUUAAAUGAGGCGAGCUUUAACAGUUCUGUUUAGGGAGAAGUUUAGAAAGAUAUCAAACUAACUCAAUAAUGUUCUAUAUACAGCAAAAAUGUAACAAGUUUACUUAAGCCAACACAAACUGUUGUAUAGUGUAUUACAAACCGGUAAUACAAGACCAAAUAUGGUUGCAGGAAAAACUCUGAGUGAACUAAAUGAGUAAGUUUUGUUUUAUUUUAUUUUAUUUUAUUUUAUUUUAUUUUAUUUUAUUUUAUUUUAUUUUAUUUUAUUAUUUAUUUUUUGGGGGGGGUAGCUUUUAACUUGUAAUCAAAAUGUUGAGUAAUUUCUUUUUCUUGAACAUGUACAUUUAAUUAGUUUGUUUUAGUAAUUUUAUCCUCCCCAUGGCUAAACACAUGCUUUCGUGUAAGCAGGUAACUCCAGAUCAAUACUGUACCAGGAAUACAUGAGUCAUGUUGGUGUUAAUGAUGUCAUCAGUCAACAGCCAAAGUCAGGCUCUACAUUUCUUUUAAGGGUGCUAUUACUAAUAGCCAACAUUAGCACUAACAGCUGUUUAGCAGAUACAUUGCAAGUCCAUCAUCAAACGACAUUUUUAUGCCAAAAGCUUUCUCCAUAGGCGGAAAGCAACAUUGUAAAGUGAUGUUUUGCUGCUGUUUCUAUCACUUUUUUUUCGUGUACUAAAGCAUGCUAACAAGCUAGCCCUGGCCCCAGCCUGUCUCGCAAUACCACUUUGCACUGUAGCACAGUGAAGAAGUCGAGCUGCCAAAGAUCAUUUUUUAACCUCUUGUCUUGCAACGGUGAGACUCAUGGCAUGUAAACAGCAGUUAAUGCUAAGGUUAGCACCUUUUAAGAUGCAUUUAAAACAAAAUAAAAAUGACAAAUGUAGAAUCCUGUUGAAUAAAAACAUGCAUUACACCAACAGUUAAGAGUUUCAGAUACAAUUGGAUUUUCCAUAUCUGCUUGGUGAUCAAUGUUUACAACAGUUUUUGUUUUCUUUUUGACUCAUUAUGAUUAUUCUUAUUACAAGUGUUUUUAUCUAUCCUUUUACAAUUCAAACUUCACCAUGUUUUUUUAUGUUGAGUCUGUCAGAUGUUUGCUUCUUGUGUGAAGGUGAAUUUCAGAUGAGAUCAAAUUCUAGGAUAUGUUGUUUAUUUGAUAAAUAAUAAUGUAAAUAGACAAUAAGUCUAAAUUUCUGUAAAUGAGUUACAGAAAGUUGCUAACAGUUUCUCUGAGAAUAUUCUCUUAGUGCAAAUAAUAGGGUAUUGUUUGGGGGGUACAGCAGUAAGAAAUAUACGUUUAUUAAUAAUAUUUGCAUUUGUCCUCUUCUAUGACAACAUCUGUACACUGCCGAACAGUUCAUUAAGAGAUACUUACUUGUAAAGCAAGCACCCAGUAGGAGUUGUGCUACAUUUUCAUGAUGAAACUUCACUUUUGUGUUAUUUUCUAAAGUUGAAAAGUGGAGCUAAUGAAUUUAAGAAUUUGGAAUCUUAGCUUUUAUGUUUUUUUUCUGUUUGUAUUUUUGCAUUUAUUUAAUAACAAAUUGUAGAAAUUGAUGACAAAGAAGCAGGUGUGAAGGUCAAAUGUGAUGGUGUAAAGGCAACAUUUUGGUUGGCGUGGGUGUUGGUGGUGAGCCCUAUAGCCGAAAACAGGGAAGCAACAAAUUGUGGGACCCUGACAUUUUAGUCAGUUAGGCAUAUGUUUAAGUUUGAUUCCUCCAUUAAAGCACUCUGUUUUGGUCUCACCAGUCAAAAAAAAAAAAAUCUGCCUCUUUAACUGCUAAAUGCUUCAUUGUGUUUGCUAGCUAGUAUCUAACUA